GGCCCCCAUUCAGUCGUGCAGUAGGCACAAACCAGUUCGGACACGUUUUUCCGUACCACUACCGCUACCAAACGAAUCUGCUAUUCAUACGACGUGGGAAAAAUCUGUUAUUGUUUCUCAGGCCUCAAUCCCGCUGAAAGUGUUUCGUAGACGCGUGUAAAACGGUUUUGAUUUGAAUCGAGUGCGCGCGAGGUCAGUUUGUGACGUAACCGAGGUGUACACCGCAGUUCGGAUAUCCAGAAGAAGCCUGGUGCUCAAGAAAUUCAAGUGGUUACGAUUCGAUAUCGUUGGUGUUUUUUUGUUUCUUCGAAAUUUUGCGUGAAAAUUGUUGACAAAAAUAACUCGGUCCUGAAGUGCAAUCCCUACAGCUAGUCUUUGGGUGUGUAUGUUGAGAGUCUCCAACGGCUUAAGUGAAAAACCACUAGAAGCAUCGCCAUUAUUGAGACAAAGUGUUUUCAAACAUUGGGUGACUAGAGCCAGGAAGAAAGCUUUAAGCCAAACAAACAAAAUUGGUGUAUUCUGAAUCGUUUAAGCUGUACAUAAGUGAACAAAAAAUAACACAAUGGCCAAAUACGGAGCGCUGUUGGUAGUUUCUGUGAUCUUCAUGGUCACUGUUUGUCAGCAAGCAAAUGCGCUGAGAUGCUGGCGAUGCUCAUCCGAUGCCUCGACGGCGGCCUUCUGCGACGAUCCAUUCAGCCAGGAUAUCAUUACCGAGCAGCAGCGUCGCUGGAGUUACGUUGACUGCAGCUACCCACCGGGAACUGGAUCGUAUCCGUUCAACCAGCAGCUCUCGCAGACCCGCGCGGUGUGCAAGAAGAUGAAGCAAUACAUUAAUGACCGCGUGGUGGUGUCCCGUUCCUGUGCCUGGGAGGACGUGAGCGCCCCACCGAACAGCUGCAUCAACGCCCAGACGCCGUCCUACAUCAAGACCGAAUUCUGCGAAACCUGUACGACCGACGGGUGCAACGGUGCCGCCCAGUACGGUCCAGCCCUGCUGACGGUAGCCCUGACGGCUCUGGUAGCGAAGCUACUUGCCUGGUAAUUGGGUGAAAGUCCGAAGAUAUUGCGUCGAUAGCACCGUCCUUUUUCUUCCUUACCGAUUAGCUUUAAAAUGUAAUGACGAUGUAAUAAUAUUGUUAAAGAUAGUAAGACCCACUUCCCCGACACAAUAUACCGUGAAUUACUUCCAUUCGAUAACCGUCGUUGCCUUACAGCAUCUCGAGAGAAUAGUAUUUAUUGCGAGCUUAUGAAAUAUAUUGCCAGCAUAAUGACCCCGUUACCAAAUAAAAAAGUUGAGUAUUGCAAUUCGUACCAAACAUAGCGAGAAAUUCUCCACCAUCAUCAGCUACACACUACAGUACACGAAUAAUUAAGAUGCAAAUGUACAAAUAUUGUUACAUCACACAUGAUUUCAUGAACUAUAACGUUAGUCGCCUUCCUGCACGAGAGCAUAGUUUGGUAGAAACAUACAAGAAUCUCUUACUGGUAAUUUUUCCAAUGUUUUGAAAUCCCCCGUCUAAAUUUGUGAACACAAUUCGAAAUGGUUAAAGACAACCACGGAUCUACUUUAUACCGAUUUUACUAAAAACUAAAAAAUUCGGUGGCUACAUAGGAGUAAAAGUUUUCCAUGUACAUAAUAACAGCAACUCUAAUGGUAACUUUAAAAGUAAAAUAAAAAUUGUUUUCGAAAAACCAAA